AAGUAAACAAAGUAAUCAACUUCUUCGGCCCUUUUACCUUCAACUUUAAUCUUCUCGCGAUCUCUUUCUCUCUCCAAUUUCUUGUUUCUUUUUUUUGUUCCUUCGCUGAACAAGAAUUAUGUAUUGAUGUCUACAGAAUAGUUGGAAAUUUUUGAUCGACUGGUGAAAUGUGUUGAAGUGACAGGAGUGAGCGGAUAAAAUAAUUACUUUGACGUAUUAGAGAUAUGGGCUCGGAAGGUAACGCCGCCGCUUCUUCUUCUUCUUCCUCUCCGACGGCGACAACGGCGGGGGUGGCGUCGCCGAGUAUUAAACGAGGUAGGGAUCCCGAGGAUGAGGUUUAUGUCGAUAAUCUUCACUCGCACAAGCGUUAUCUUAGCGAGAUUAUGGCUUCAAGUCUGAAUGGACUAACGGUUGGAGAUCCCUUGUCAGAAAAUCUUAUGGAUUCUCCUUUAAGGUCUGAAAGCAUUCCCUAUCUUAGGGAUGAAAUAUCUGUACAGUAUUCACCAAUGUCAGAAGACUCAGAUGACUCAAGAUAUUAUGAGAGUUCCACAAAUACAUGUUCUUCCCAGCCUGAGAGUGCUCCCACUAGUCCAGUAUCUCCUUACAGGUGCCAGAAACCGCUAAGUGGAUUUGUGUCUGGGCCUCCUACCACAUCUUAUCCUUCACCCAGCGGUAUUGCUUCUCCUUCAGCAUCACCACAGCCUCGUCAGCGUGGCUCUGAUACUGAGGGUCGAUUCCCAUCAUCGCCUAGUGAUAUAUGCCACUCAGCUGACUUAAGAAGGGCUGCACUUUUACGAUCUGUGCAGAUGCGGGCACAACCUGUUGGGUCAUCCAAUUUUGAAUUGCCACUUAGUCCAGGACAAGAAUCUGGGAAUAAUAUAGAAUCUGAGGAGCGGCCAUGUUCGUAUAUGAAGCUGGACGUUGAUGAGAGGGGCUAUCAGAUUGCUGAAUGUGAAAACGAGGAUAAAUCUUCAGAAAUUAGCCUGUGCCCUUGCUGCAAGGAUGUUUUGCUGGAUGGGUUCUCUUUGGACUGUUGGCUGUUUGAAAAGGUGUUGGCACAUUGGCACUGAAUAACCUGGACAUGAUCUACUUGGCUGGAGAGCAAUUUUGAUGCUAAUUCUGCUUCUUCCCUUUUCUUUUCUUUUCUCUUAUUUACAUAGGCACCACCUGUUAUAUAUUUAAAUUUCCACUUAAACUAUAAACUUCUGAAAUUUUUCUGUGGGCCGGAAGUUGACUUCGAGGGUGGAUAUUUCUUUUUCAUGAUCUCAUCAAGCCGUGAAGGUGGACAAACAACUUAAAUUGCGUUCUGGGAUUGAACCAAAUAUUUAGUGCCAUAUGAGUGCUGUGGCCUCAUAAGAGAUGCUUCUUGUGGUUUGCAAUAAGUACUCCGAACUUAUCGCACCAUAAGUGAUUAGGUUUUAAGAGGAUGGCAGGAAAUGUCAGCUUUAGAGAUGAUUACAUUUGUUGUCAACUUAAACUUCUCUUGGCUAAUUCCUAUAUUCAAAAGCAAAUGUGAACUCGUUUCUUCGCAAAUUAUAAAAGUGUAUAAGGUCAUUUUACAAAGCAGCCCUUCAAAGACCACCAGAAUAAGGAUAGGCGACGAUAGUAUAAAGAAGCUCGGUGGAUAAACUUCACAGACAAAUGAUACCGCCGCUUUCAAUUGGUACCGGAAAACGCUUUCAAUUGAUAUCAGAAUAGUUGGGUAGUUUACACAUAAAGGAACAAAAUCUCACUUGUUACUUGAAAGAUCAGGAGCUGGAGGCCGGCGUUCUAUGUGCACUAUACUCGCAUGCAAAUCCUCUAGAUCCUCCAAGUAAACUUUUUUCAUGCUGAGUUCCCUUCUCAGCUUGG